CACGGAGAGCGUCGAGUCCUCCCCCGCUCCGCUCAUCUUGGGAAGGAAGCAAAGCAGAGCCGCGCCGCCGAGGAGGAUAUGGCCGAGGCCGACGACGCCGCCGCCGCCCGCCGGCGCACCGUCAUCACGGAGUACCGCAACAAGCUCCUCAACUGCCGCGAGCUGGAGACGAGGGUCCGCACAGGUAGGGAAAACCUAAAAAAGGCAAAGAAAGAUUACGAUAAAACUGAAGAUGAUUUGAAGUCCUUGCAGAGUGUGGGCCAAAUCAUUGGUGAAGUACUUCGGCCAUUGGACAGUGAAAGAUUUAUCGUCAAAGCCAGUAGUGGGCCACGUUAUGUGGUCGGCUGCAGAAGCAAAGUUGACAAAGAAAAGCUGACAGCUGCAACACGAGUUGUCCUUGACAUGACAACUUUAACAAUAAUGCGCACUCUACCACGUGAGGUUGAUCCCGUGGUCUAUAACAUGCUACACGAAGACCCCGGCAAUGUCAGUUACUCAGCUGUAGGUGGACUGUCCGAUCAAAUAAGGGAGCUGCGGGAGUCCAUCGAGUUACCUCUUAUGAAUCCAGAAUUGUUUCUUCGCGUUGGGAUUAAACCGCCAAAGGGUGUUCUGCUCUAUGGCCCACCUGGAACGGGAAAGACAUUGCUUGCUAGAGCCAUCGCUAGCAACAUUGAUGCUAACUUUUUAAAGAUUGUUUCAAGUGCUAUCAUUGACAAAUAUAUUGGUGAAAGUGCCCGUCUUAUAAGAGAAAUGUUUAACUAUGCACGUGAGCAUCAACCAUGUAUUAUUUUCAUGGAUGAAAUUGAUGCCAUUGGUGGCCGAAGAUUCAGUGAGGGCACUAGUGCCGAUCGUGAAAUACAACGGACAUUGAUGGAGCUCCUAAAUCAGUUGGAUGGAUUCGAUGAGCUCGGAAAGGUGAAGAUGAUCAUGGCGACGAACCGGCCUGAUGUCUUGGACCCUGCGCUCCUUCGUCCUGGACGCCUAGAUCGGAAGAUAGAGAUUCCACUGCCGAAUGAGCAAUCCAGGACCGAGGUCCUGAAAAUCCAUGCAGCUGGUAUCGCCAAGCAUGGCGAAAUUGAUUAUGAGGCUGUGGUUAAGCUUGCCGAGGGCUUCAACGGCGCGGAUCUUCGCAAUGUCUGCACUGAAGCUGGCAUGGCCGCCAUUCGAGCAGAGCGUGACUACGUCAUCCACGAAGACUUCAUGAAGGCUGUGCGGAAGUUGAAUGACGCCAAGAAGCUCGAGUCGAGCGCACACUACAGCGCCGACUUUGGCAAGGACUAAGAUGAGAGCAGGAGACUGUCAGGCGACGCGCUGUUUGUUUUCUUGUACCAUGGCGGAGUUUGUCACCCCGGCCCCCGACGAUAUAGAACAUCAUGUUUUUCUACCUUUUAUAUGUUGUGGGACGACUGCCUUUGCCGCGCAAGUUGAUGUAAGCAAAAGUUGAAACAGGUCUGAAACGGACUGGCUUCUUAGAUUUUCCAUUGUUUCCUUCUCAAGUCCCUGUGCCUCGAUUGUGGAAUCAAAAAAAUGUGGCAACAUUUGCGAUUUCUUCCUGUCUAUCCUAUUACUCUACAUGAGAAUCAAGAAUGUGCGAAAA